UGUUCAGCAUCAUCGCCUCGCACUUGAAUCUGGCAAGCAUUUCCUCAUUAUCUUUGAGAACCGAAACGAUGGCCGAUAUCCGCUAUUCCAGUUCUGACAAGCACGACAUCCAAAUCGACGGUGUGCGUUACGGCAACAAAACUAUUACCGAUGGAGAAGUUAUCAGACACAUUCGUGACGAGCUCGCGCUUAAACACGCACCAAACUUAUUCAUUGUCAACAACGAUCAUAUGAGAGGCGAUCCGCAACCCGGCGUGGUGAAAGUCCUCACAAUAGACUACCGCGACUAUCCCACCGGGCCGCACCUACGCUUGUCAAUCCCUGAAGGCUGGGCCAUUCCAUCUCGUUACCGCAUCAGUCGCGUUAUGUACGGAGGCCUCGAAUGGUUCGAUAAUCCCGAGGACAUCGAAGUGCUCAACAAAGCGUUGCUGAGCAGAGCCGGAGUUGAGUACGACAUCAGAUACAACGCUAUCAAGGAGUGCGACGCACAAGCUGCGAUCGAAGCACGCGCACUAAGAAUCACAAAUGAAACCAUGGGUGGUGAUCCGAAGCCCGGUGUAGUCAAGCACUUGACCGUCGCAAUCGCCGGCAAGGGAGGAGACUAUGAAUGGCUUAAGAUCCGAGAGGGAUUACUGUUCCCCAACUUCAGCACCUUCGAGAAGUUCAAGUACGAACAUCCCAACAACGAAAAUAGCAUGGGAAAUAGGGCUCAGGCCAUUGGAGAUGCGAUAGCUGGUGGUGCUCAGAUUGUCGGGAAUGCGAUAGCUAAUGAGGCCAGUAAUCUCCAACAGAGAAGUGUCUUCGAGUGGCUGCAACCAUUCAACUGGGUUCGGCCAUUGAUAAAUGUGGCUCAAGAUGUGGGCCGGCACUGAAGAGAGACAGAUAGAAGGAGGAACUUUUAGUAGCGUAGAAAUCUUGUAAAUAGUUCGAGGGCCGAAUUUCUCAUUCUAUACGAAGGAC